AUGGCCACCAGAGACCUCUCUCACAAUUACCUCACAGGCCGCGCAUUGAAGCCUCUUUCUGCGCGCUUCCUGGAUCUCUCCAGCAACUUCCUCUCGGGCCCUCUGCCCGACGGGGCAUGCCAGCCGCUUUCUUUUGAUGCCAACUGCUUCACGCUGCCACUGGGCUGUGCCUUGGUGCCGCAGCGGCAGGAGGCAGCAUGCAAUGCAUUCUGUGGCAUCUCCUCUGCAGCUGGUGAUGCUGCUGCGUGUGGCGGGCAUGGAGUGUGCUAUCCACAGGGCCCUAGACAGAACAGGAGUUACUCAAGCAGCCAACCAGUUCUCCUACCAGCAUAUGUGCUCACCAAGGGGAUGCAGUCGGAGACGAGGGGAAACGUCACCACAGCCCCGGUGACUCUGUUUGUGUACGAGGCAGGGCAGGGGCUGUCUGGGUGUGGACUGCAGCUCGCCUUCCGUGCCAACUUCACCUUCUCCCUCUCGCCUCAAUCUGGCCGCGUGGGCUUCAACGGCUUUGCCUUUGUUAUCUCGGCAACCGACCGGGUGGGGAGCGGCGCCGGUGUGGGGUAUGGUGGAAUGGACAUGCAGAGUGUGGCAGUUGAGUUUGACACUCGGCAGGACAAGAGCAAGAAGGCAUACACGGCAUGGGUGGACUAUGAGCCGGGAGAUCCCGGCACCAUCCAGGUCUUCCUGGCUGACUCGAAGGAGAAGCCGCGGGAGGCAGUGCUGGAGAGGAGGCGGGCGCUGUGUGAGGUGCUGAAGGCUGGGGUUGAUCAGCACGCCUUCUUCUUUGGCUUCGUGGCCUCCACCACUGUGAAGCCGUUUCAGAAGCACGUCAUUCUCGAGUCUACAGUGGACACAGGUCAGCAUAGGCAUGAGCAGAUCGCGAGCUGA